AUGGAUAUACCACCAUCGUCUUCACCUAACAAAGUUCGGGGUUGGCUCAUGGGCGUUCAAGGUUAUCGAGAACCUACACCAGAUACCCUUACUGUAAAACAACAACAAGUUGGAAAUGGUUUGAUGGAAACUCAACAUCUAAUAUCAAACCACAACAAUAAUUAUAGUCUUGGCAAUAUGGAAAGACGUAAUUCAAUAUCCUCCAUCAAUUCAGAAGAUAGCGUUAAUUUGGACGACUUGAUCAAAGCAAACUUCACUCUUGAUGUAGACGAUGAAACUGAUUUACCUAACCUUGCUAGUUUGGACUUGGACGACUCAAAGGAAGAUUUUUGGAAAAUGGAUAAGGAAUUAUCUGAAUAUCAAGCUCUGGUUAAACAAAAACCAAAAGAAGAUUAUCGAAAUGCAAGCCAUGCACAUACAAUGAAGGAGUUGGAUUUUGUUGGAUCUAUAGAAAAGAGUCAUCAUCUCGAUUCACCUGAACUUUCUUGGUCACCCCCUGAUGAUCACCUUGAAACACUAUCACCCAUAUAUCAUAAUACCACAACACGGCCAAGAUCUGGUAGUAUUAACAGUGACAAUAGUUUGAAUUCUUACUCUACUGUUACUGUACAGCAAUACUCUCGUUACGGUAUGACACCCAUGAUUUAUCAAUCUGAUUCUACUUCAACUUCUUCACGGACUCCAAGUCGUCUCAGUAAUUAUUCAGGAAGUAGUCAAACUUCAUCCAAUACAACCACUGGUAUACCUCGACCACGAAAAGUAUCAGCAACAUCUACAGGUAUGCCUUCACCAAGUCGAUCAUUUACGAGUCGUGCUGGAGAAGAAAAUCAUUUAUUACCAAGAUCUCAUUCAAGAUUAGGUGGUCCAUCAUCAACACCAAACGGGCGAUCCAAAUUGGCUCAACGUGCUUCGCAUAUCCCAUCACCAUCAUCUCAAAAUCAAAGCCAAAAAUCACUUCCUCGUCUUACAUCUAUACCAUCAUCAAGAUCAACAGGUAUUCCUGGAGCUCGUCCAUCUAGUCGCUUCAGUGAUCACAAUACAACUACAACAACAACAAAAACUGGAUCAACUAGUACAAGAAAACUGGCAAGUCGAGCAAGUCAUAUCCCAAGUGUAUACGAACGAUCAGCAUCGCCCAUUUCCAACAGAACAACAACAACAACCAAUUCUACCAUUCGAAACAGUGUGUUUGGAUUACGACGUGAUGACGAUUCUAAAGUAUCAGCAACAACAGCAACGAAUGGAAAUCAACGAAGAACAUUGACUGGAACGAGUUUACGAUCAACAGAACAACGUAGUGGUGUUACUCCUAUUGGUGGUAAAUCGACUGGUAUACGACCUCCUACUACUGAUGUAAGAAGUUCCAGUAGAAUUGGCUUUCGAAGACAAUAG